GUAAACCCACAACUUUUCCUUGUUUGUCCGAGACACACUCUCUCUCUCUCUUUGCUCGCUAAUUUCGAAGAGAAGAAGAAAAACAAAGAGAAAAAAAUCAAGGAUCAAUGGCGGAUCAACUGACCGACGAUCAGAUCUCUGAGUUCAAGGAAGCCUUCAGUCUAUUCGACAAGGAUGGAGAUGGCUGUAUCACAACUAAGGAGCUUGGCACUGUCAUGAGAUCAUUGGGGCAGAACCCGACUGAGGCAGAGCUCCAGGACAUGAUCAAUGAAGUGGAUGCUGAUGGUAAUGGGACCAUUGACUUUCCUGAGUUCUUAAACCUCAUGGCCAGGAAGAUGAAAGACACCGACUCUGAGGAGGAGCUUAAAGAGGCUUUCAGAGUGUUUGACAAGGAUCAGAAUGGCUUCAUUUCAGCUGCGGAGCUCCGCCAUGUGAUGACCAAUCUUGGGGAGAAGCUCACAGAUGAGGAAGUGGAUGAGAUGAUCCGGGAGGCUGAUGUUGAUGGUGAUGGGCAGAUAAAUUAUGAGGAGUUUGUGAAGGUGAUGAUGGCUAAGUGAGAUACACCACUAGUCGAACCCCAACUCUCUUAAUUUGGGAUUCCUAGCUUCCAUUUUUAUGUUAUGGUUUUUGUAAUCAAGCCUUGAAAAAGAGUAUUAAGACUCUUGUUAUGGAGGUGGUGUGGUCUUUUGACAAUGGUUUGGCAGUUCAAUUUGUUUUUUAAUCUCACUUGUUUCCAUUUUAUGGUUUA